AUGGCAGAGGUCGUGAAGCUGCUCAAGGCUGGUGGCAACGUUAACGUGGCAGCCUCUCCCGAAGGCGGCGAAGUCGCCGCCGCCGCCGCUUUGAAACGCGCCCUCACCUUCGCGGGAUUCCUGAACGUCGCUGCCAACCCGGAAGACCCCCGUGUCCUAAGUGCGGAGCGGGCGGCAUGGGAGACGGGAGCAUCGGCGCCGGUUCGCCUCUCGUUCGGCGCGUCGAAGAACGGUUCGCGGAAUGGUACCAACGGGAACGGGCCGCCGCCGGCGGCGACGGCGGCGGCCGCGAACAAGACGUGGAAGCUGGCGCUGGAUGAUGACGAGGACGGGGCUGGGGGUGGGGAGGACGACGAUCUUAUCGACGAGGACGCUCUGCUCGAGAGCUCGGCCCCCGUCAAGCGGGCGAGCGAGACGGUGAGAAGGAUUCUUAUUCCGUCCAUCUUGGCGAAACGCUCGGCCGUUGUAGAUCGAGUUGGCCGGCUCCUGUUUGCCUCCGUGCCACUAGGUGGCAAGUGA